AUGAUGCAUGAGUUUUAUAUGUCUGAUCUUGGAUUGAUGCACUAUUUUCUUGGUAUAGAAGUAGUACAAUCUAGUGCCGGAAUAUUUAUUUCACAGAAGAAAUAUGUUCAAGAGAUCUUAGACAGGUUUGAGAUGAAGGAUUGCAAUUCAGUUUGUACGCCAACUGAAAUUGGUUUGAAACUAGUGAAGAAUUCUGGGGAGAAGAAGGUUGAUCAAACUCUCUUCAAACAUAUUGUAGGAAGUCUGAUGUAUCUGACAGCAACUUGGCCAGACAUACAACAUGCAGUGAGUCUCAUUGGCAGAUAUAUGGAGUGUCCAGAAGUGCCUCAUUUGGCGGUAGCAAAAAGAAUUUUUCGUUACCUAAAGGGCACAAACAAUUUUGGAAUAUUAUACAAGAAAGGAGCUAAAUUAGGUUUGUUUGGCUUCACUGAUAGUGACUAUGCAGGAGACCCAGAUGAUAGGAGAAGCACCUCGGGUUAUGCAUUUAUAAUGGGAGCAGGAGCUGUUUUAUGGUCAUCCAAAAAACAACAGAUUGUCACUCUGUCAACCACCGAAGCUGAAUUUAUUGCAGCAGCAGCAGCCUGCGGCUGUCAAGCUAUUUGGUUAAGGAGGAUACUUGAAGAAUUACGUGGUUUGCAAGAAGGUCCAACCCCUGUCUAUUGUGAUAACAAUUCAGCAAUCAAGUUGUCCAAGAAUCCACUUUUACAUGGCAUAAGCAAACACAUUGAUGUUCGCUACCAUUUCCUGCGCGACCUCACAAAGGAUGAAACAAUUGAUUUAAUCUACUGCAUAAGUGAAGAUCAGGUGGCUGAUAUUCUAACCAAGCCUCUCAAAUUACCGGCGUUCUCGAAGCUAAGGAAAUUGUUAGGAGUUUGCUAUGUGGAGGACAUUGCUUGA